AUGAUGCUGAGGGUGUCUGCAAGGCCAUCCCUCUGUUUUGGUUUGUCCUGAGUGUUUGCAAGCUGGGGCGUGCGUCUGUGGUGUAUGGGCUGGGGCAGCGGCCAGGGGAUGGUGGCAGGAGGUGGCAGGGCAGAGACACAGCAAGAGCCAGAGCACAGCACCCAAGGACUCUGUCUGUGAGCACUUCUCAAAGCGGGUGAUGCUCAAAGGAUGCACAGAACCCAGUGCCCUGGCAGCCCAGAGCUCCUGGCCUCAUGGGUCAGAGCCACCCUGCCUCGCUGCCAGGAUUUCCAGGAACGCGACCUCCUGCAGGACAGUGGUGGCUGUUAAAGGAAUUACGUUUGGUUUGGGGAAAAAAUCUCUAAACAUAACGAAUUGGCAGGAGCGUUUGCUGUAGCAUAUCAAGGGAAAACGUCUCAAAAUAAAGGAGUUUAAUAUUUUCCGAAUUUCCUGACUUUACAAAGUGUCUUGCUACAGGUCUGCUGCCACUGUGCCUGUGGGAGCUGUGCUCUCCAAACCCGUAGGCUUCUGCAGCUGCAGCUCCUGCUUUUCCUGCUGCAGAGGAAGGCAGAAGAGCAGAGGAACUGAUCCCAGCCCAGCACCAAGGGCACCCAGAGGCCAGAUGUCAGCUCUCAGCUGGCCACUGCUGCCCCGAGGAAGAAAAUAAUUAAGGCAGAUGAUUAUUCCUGAGAGAAAGCACUCACCUCAAAGCUUGUUAGCCCAAUUGUUGCAGCCCGGCGCAGCGGGGAUGUGUGCUGAAUCAUAAUUGUUUUUCACUUUCCCUCCUCUUUACCCGUGUUUGUUGUAAAUAUUCCUCUGCUCACAGGGCUUCUGGCUCCCCCACAGCGGACACGGGUGGGGAGCGGUGAAGCCGUGGGGUGUGCAGCUCGCCCACCUCACGUGGCUGCCCAGCAAGGACAGCCAGGAUGGGGUUUCUGCAUGGAGGCUGGGGACUGCCCGGAGUGUGUACGGCCUGCAGCAGGAUCACCCUACUGCAGAAUUUCUUUGUUUGCAACUUCUCUCCCCAGCUGCUGCAAGACCCGAGCGUCUGAGCCCCAGUCCUGCUUGACAGACGACCGCAUCACCCACGCGAGGACCCAGCGGCUGAGGCAGAGGAUGCUGGAUGAGGCAGCAGGGCCCCUGGCCCAUCCCCAGGGGGGAAAAGCACCUGGAGCUGAGCUGGGGCAGGUUCUGCUGUGAGCACCGCGAGGCUGCAGCCUGCUGACGGGGAGGGGGCUCCAUCGGUCAGCGCCCUGUGCCAUGGCUGCCGUGCUGACCGCCACCGGCAGCGGCACGGAGCCGCAGUGGGAGCGCAGCCUCUGCACCCACAACGGUGUGGGUGGCUGCUGGCUGCUCCGCGAGGAGUCCCGGGGCCGCAGGAACUCCAUCCCACCCGCACAGGCGCCCACGGCCAGGCACAUGCUGGCCUACCUGCCGCGGCCACCCACCGACACCAGCCGCUACGGCACCUUCCCCCAGAAGCCCGAAGGCCCAGCCACCCCUGCGCUCCUGGCGGAUGACGGCCACCAGCAAGAGGCCACCAACGCUGCUGAGAAAAGGGUCCUAGUCCCAAAUGAUCUCCACCUGCCCUACAGCACUGACAUCCCCAGCGAGCCAGCUCUGCUUCAGAGACGAGCAGACUCGGAGGACGUUGUGCCUGCCAGGCGCUGGCCCAGCAUCUCCAUCAGCACCGUUGACCUGCCCAAGCACCGCCGCACUUCGCGCCACGACCCGCUGCCCGUGCCACGGGAUGUCUCCUCCCGCUGGUACCCGCGGCACACACGCAGCGUGCCCACCAUCCCCAGCCCCAUGCAGAGCAAAACGCCCACCCGGAGCAUCGUCUCCAUCCCCUCUGCGGAGAGGCUGCAGACGCGGCGCUGCAAGCUGAUGGAGGACGAGCGGCCGCUUGGCCUGGCAAGCAAGCAGCAGAGGCAGCGCUACGUCACCAAAGUAGGCAAGUGCCAGGUGAACCUGGGCAACAUCCAGGAGAAGAAGAGGUUCCUCUCAGACAUUUUCACCACUAUCGUGGACCUCAAGUACCGCUGGUUCCUCUUCGUGUUCAUGAUGUGCUAUAUUGUCACCUGGGUUGCCUUUGGCACCAUCUAUUUCUUCGACGCGUGGCUAAGGGGUGACAUCGACCACAUCGGCGAUCCAGAGUGGAAGGCGUGCAUCGAGAACGUGGACAAUUUCAUAUCUGCCUUACUCUUCUCUGUGGAAAGUCAGAGGACCAUCGGCUACGGCUCCAGGAUCGUGACAGCCAACUGUGCCGAGGGCGUCAUCCUGCUGAUGGCACAGUCCAUCAUUGGGUCCAUGAUCGAUGCCCUGAUGGUGGGAUGCAUGUUCGUCAAGAUCUCCAGGCCCAAGAAGCGUGCCCAGACCUUAAUCUUCAGCAAAAACUGCGUCAUCUCCCACCGAGACGAGAAGCUCUGCCUGAUGUUCCGCAUCGGGGACCUGCGGGAGAGCCACAUGGUGGACGCAAAAAUAAGAGCCAAACUGAUCAAAUCCAGGCAGACCAAAGAAGGGGAGUUCAUCCCCUUGGAGCAGUCGGAGCUGAACCUGGGCUACGACACCGGGGAGGACAGGCUGUUCCUGGUGGAGCCCCAGAUCAUCUGCCACGUUAUCAACCAGCGCAGCCCCUUCUGGGACAUGUCGGCGGAGUCGCUGAGGAGGGAGCAGUUUGAGAUCAUCAUCAUCCUCGAGGGCAUCGUGGAGGCCACAGGGAUGACGUGCCAGGCCCGCACCUCAUACACCGAGGAUGAGAUCCUGUGGGGGUACCGCUUCGAGCCCUGCAUGUGGCUGGAGAAGGGCGCCUUCCGCGUGGACUACAGCCGCUUCGAGCUCACCUUCGAGGUGCAGACCCCGGCAGCCAGCGCCAAGGAGAUGCAGGAGAUGGCGGAGCUGCAGCGCCGGGGCCGUGACGUGAACGUGCCCGUACCUGUACCCGUGCCUGUGCCCGGCCUGGGCUGGACCCCACCACCCCUCUGAGCGACCCCCGGGGGCUGUGGGGCUGGGGGGGCUGCAGUAACGGGGCCGGCAGCGGGGAGCCCCCCAUGGAUCUGUGUGUGGGCACCACAGGGAGCACAUCACAUAAACAGACAGACAAAUCAAUCAAUCAAUCAAUAAAUAAAUAAAUGAG